UUUAGUUCUCCAGUUGCUUCUGGAACUCGCCGCCCUCCAGUGGGCGGUUGGAGCGAUAGGAGUCUCCAAGAUGGAAACCCUGUCUUUCCCUAGAUAUAAUGUAGCUGAGAUUGUGGUCCAUAUUCGCAACAAAAUUUUAACAGGAGCUGAUGGUAAAAACCUCUCCAAGAAUGAUCUUUAUCCAAAUCCAAAGCCUGAAGUCUUGCACAUGAUCUACAUGAGAGCCUUACAAAUGGUCUAUGGAAUUCGACUGGAACACUUUUACAUGCUGCCAGUGAACUCUGAAGUCAUGUAUCCACAUAUAAUGGAAGGCUUCUUACCGGUCAGCAAUUUAUCUAUUCACCUGAACAGUUUUUGUAAAAUUUGUAUUAUUUCUUCCUUAAGUAGAGCCAACUUAUUGUGUCCAGAAUCCAAACGGACAAGUCGGUUUUUAAGUGGUAUUAUCAACUUCAUUCACUUCAGAGAAGCAUGCCGUGAGACAUAUAUGGAGUUUCUUUGGCAAUAUAAAUCUUCUGUGGACAAAAUGCAGCAGUUAAAUACUGCACACCAGGAAGCAUUAAUGAAGUUGGAGAGACUUGAUUCUGUUCCAGUUGAAGAGCAAGCAGAGUUCAAGCAGCUUUCAGAUGAUAUUCAGGAGCUGCAGCAGUCACUGAAUCAAGAGUUUCGUCAAAAAACGAUAGUGCUGCAAGAGGGAAAUUCCCAAAAGAAGUCAGAUAUUUCAGAGAAAACCAAGCGUUUGAAUGAACUAAAAUUGUCACUGGUUUCUUUGAAAGAAGUACAAGAGAAUUUGAAAACAAAAAUUGUAGAUUCUCCAGAGAAGGUAAAGAAUUAUAAAGAAAAAAUGAAGGAUACAGUUCAAAAGCUUAAAAAUUCCAGGCAAGAAGUGAUGGAAAAGUAUGAGAUCUAUCGAGACUCUGUCGACAGCCUGCCUUCAUGUCAGCUUGAGGUGCAGUUAUAUCAAAAGAAAAUACAAGAACUCGCAGAUAAUAGAGACAAAUUAACCAGUACCUCAAAGGAGAGCCUGAACUUGGAGGACCAAAUUGAGAGUGAUGAAUCAGAAUUGAAGAAAUUGAAGACUGAAGAAAACUCAUUCAAAAGACUGUUGAUUGUGAAGAAAGAGAAACUGGCCACAGCGCAAUUCAAAAUAAAUAAGAAGCAUGAGGAUGUCAAGCAGUACAAACGCACAGUCAUUGAAGACUGCAAUAAAGUUCAAGAAAAAAGAGGUGCUGUCUAUGAACGAGUGACCACAAUUAAUCAAGAAAUCCAAAAAAUUAAAUCUGGUAUUCAACAACUAAAAGAUGCCACUGAAAGGGAGAAACUGAAGUCGCAGGAAAUAUUUCUAAACUUGAAGGUUGCCCUGGAGAAGUACCACGAAGGCAUCGAAAAGGCAGAUGCAGACUGUUAUGUUAAAAUAGAUGAGAAAACAGCUGAAUUGAAAAAGAAGAUGUUCAGAAUAUGAGCCUGAUUAACAAUAUUAUGUCUUUUAUAUAUAGCUUGCCAUCUUUUAAUUUUAUCUUUGGGAAGGGGCUAGUUAAGUUGAAAUUCACAUUCACUUCUCGUGGAAGUGUUAGAAAUACCCACUAUUGGUUCAGUCAGAUUUUACAGCUCUCAGGUUAUUAUUUUGUAAGAUAAAGCAUUUAAGUAGACUUUUAUUAACUUAUAAUAAAAAUAACUUGUAGCAUAAAUGGCUCCUUGAUUAUUCCCAAUAGUUUUUCAAUCCCACAUAUUGAAUGAAAACCAUAGUUUGGUGAACAAACUAGAAUUUAGCUAGAACUUAGAAUCUCUUCAUCUUUACCUUUCCAUAAACCAACACAGAAAAUAGUUUAAAGUUAACUUACUUAUAAAUGAUUUGAGUAGUCACAAAAUAAAGAACAGAACUAAAGUGAAAUCUUUGUCCCACCAAAAUGUAAUACCUAACCUAACUGCAGUUUCAACCUCUCCCAGACAUGGAAUUUUGUACUAAUUGAUCUGACUUUUUCUGGUGAUUUUCGUAAGAACUCUGCUUUCCCCUAGUGGAAGAAGUCUUUGCCUAAAUAAUCUUUCUUUUUUUCUCCCGAUCUCUUUCUGACGAUGAUAAACCUUCCACUUGUACAAUACUUGUUCCUUUCUUCUUGCAGUGUCUUUCUUUUAUUAGAUGGGAUGCUGCCUGA